AGUUUUACAAUUACGUGCCUCUUUGCGCGCUAAUAAACAGAAUUUGCAACCUGCAAAGCUUGCAGCUCAGAAUCAUGGAUUCCCUGUUCUCAACCACUACAAUCUCUUCCAUUCUGGUGAAACGAAAUGGAGGAGUUAGCUGCCAGAUUCCGAUGGCUCAUUUCCAGACCAACUCCAGAAGGCGGCCACCAAAAAACCUCCUCUAUCCACGGCGGACCAAGCUUCCCCCUGAUCCCGGCGUCAAUCAAUUCUUGAAGAAACGAACCUCUGGCCCUCACCCUGACACAUCCUUACCAGAUUUGAUUCCGAGUGAGAAAAUCGGACCGCCGGAAGAAGAACUUGACGAGCUUGAAGAAACCGCUGCGGAUAACUAUUUCGCCAAUGAUGAUAACGACAGUGAUAUUGUUUGGGAUUCGGAAGAAAUUGAAGCUAUUACAUCACUCUUCCGAGGGAGAAUUCCUCAGAAACCUGGUAAAUUGAACCGGGAGAGACCUCUUCCUCUCCCACUUCCUCACAAGCUACGACCACCAGGGCUUCCUAACCCUAAAAUUCGCCCAAGAACAGCGGUUUCUUCGCGUGCACUGAUGUCUAAGCAAGUCUAUAAGCGCCCCGAUUUUCUUAUUGGCCUUGCAAGAGCGAUUAGAGAUCUGCAACCGGAGGAGAAUGUGUCCAAAGUUCUCAAUAGGUGGGCUCCGUUUUUGCAGAAGGGGUCGCUGUCGUUAACGAUCAAGGAGCUAGGUCAUAUGGGUCUUGCUGAUAGAGCUCUAAAGACGUUCUGUUGGGUACAAGAGCAACCUCGACUCUAUCCAGAUGAUCGUGUUUUGGCCUCUACCGUUGAGGUCCUCGCAAGGAACCAUGAACUUAAAAUACCUUUCAACCUGGAUGAGUUCACUAAACUUGCGAGUCGUGGUGUGCUCGAGGCAAUGAUGAGAGGGUUUAUCAAAGGUGGGAGGUUAAGCCUUGCUUGGAAGCUUCUUGUAGCUGCCAAGAACGGUAAGAGAAUGUUGGAUCCUAGCGUUUAUGUGAAGUUGAUAUUGGAAAUUGGUAAGAACCCUGAUAAAAACAUGCUGGUACUUGCCUUACUAGAUGAACUAGGACAAAGAGAAGCAUUGAAUUUAAACCAGCAAGAUACAUCAGCUAUCAUUAAGGUCAGCACAAGGCUUGGUAAAUUUGAAAUUGCUGAAAGACUUUAUAGCUGGUAUGUUGAAUCUGGGCAUGAACCCAGUGUGGUUAUGUACACUGCUUUAGUUCAUAAUCGAUAUUCAGAGAGGAAGUAUAGGGAGGCAUUAUCUGUAGUGUGGGAAAUGGAGGCUGCUAAGUGUCCUUUUGAUCUUCCUGCUUAUAGUGUAGUGAUAAAGCUUUUUGUUGCUCUUGGGGAUCUUUCAAGGGCUGUUAGAUACUUUGCAAAGCUUAAGGAAGCUGGUUUUACCCCUACAUAUUGUAUAUAUAGGAACUUGAUUACCAUUUAUUUAGCUGCUGGCAGGUUAGCCAAGUGUAAGGAAAUCUACAAGGAAGCAGAGAAUGCUGGAUAUGUCAUGGACAAACAAAUUACUUCAAUGUUGUUGCAAGCAAAAAGAUGAUACAUUUCUAGUUGCAUGUAGAAUCAUUCAAGCUCGACAUGAUCAAUCUUGCUUGUGGAGUGAUUCGAAUCUCAAUCAAGUGUUUUUGUGUUGAGAUAUUUGAUCAACAAGAAUCAUUCAAGCUAGAUAUGAUCGAUCUUGCUUGUGGAGUGAUUCGAAUCUCAAACAAUGUUCUUGUCUUGAGAUAUUCGAUCAACAAGGUAAUCCGAAUCUUACUCCCCUUGUAGUGAUUCCUUAUCUUAUCACUUAUUCUAAUUCAGAUUCUUUUCUGCUAUCUAUACCUUCUAAUUCCACUGCUCAAUGUGGUAAGUCUAUGUCUAGAUAUGUCUCAUAAUAUUUUACCCUUUCUGUUGUAGAUAUAGUCAUCACAGUUGUGCUCCUGGUACCGUAACUUCCCUGUCUGUUGAAAAUUAAAACGAUGUGAAAAGAACUGUAUCAAAAUCCCAGCUGUAAAUAAAUGUUGUGAGAUCCUACAUGAGUAGGGAAGGAGAACGAAACAUCUUUUAUAAGGGUGUGGAAACCUUUUCCUAGCAGACGUGUUUUAAAAGCCUUGAGGGGAAACCCAAAGAGGACAAUAUCUAUUAGCGGUGGCCCUAUUUGCUUACCAUUGGGUGUUAAUUGGACAAACGCAGGGCUCAAAUUGAACUCCAAGACGAGGGGGCAUAUAUGAGGCAGUUUUCUUUCAUCAGCUUUUACGGUGUCCCUCAUUAAUCUCUGAAUCAAGUAUUUCUCAGGUAUUUCACCUUCAUCAAAUAUAAGUAGCUGUUUGUUAAAUUUUAGCCUCAAGCUCUGUGCGUGUAGAAAGUCGAAGCACUCGGCCACUAAACAUCUUAUCUUUCUUCCUUCUUUCAUUUUUCCUUGUCCUUUUUGCUUCUUAUAUCUGAAUAUAUUGUUAUAUGGCUUGAAUAAUGUUUAGAAACCUUAUGCCAAGAGAAUGAAGCUCUUCAUUAGACAGCACAUGUAAACCAGGAGGAACCUCCUGAGUCAAAAUGUGCUCGUUCUCCUUUUGAUCUGUUGGAAAUGUAAACCAUGGUUUUUGAACAAAUGUCGAGUUAAACCCAUUAUACUGAUAGAUA